GAGCUUUGUCAGUAACAGUUGAUUGCUACAUUCAGUAACACUGAAUGUCAGUGCAGUCCAAUUUACAGGCUGGAGCAGCAGCUGCAUCCUGCAUUUCUCUGAAGUAUUACAUGAUUUUCACUCCUUGCAAAGUUUACCACCUUUGUUGCAGAGAAUCGGAAAUCAAUAUGCAUAGCAAAGUCACAAUCAUAUGCAUCAGAUUUCUCUUUUGGUUUCUUUUGCUCUGCAUGCUUAUUGGAAAGUCACAUACUGAAGAUGACAUCGUAAUUGCAACAAAGAAUGGAAAAGUCAGAGGGAUGAACUUAACAGUUCUUGGUGGCACGGUAACAGCCUUUCUUGGAAUUCCCUAUGCACAGCCACCUCUUGGUAGACUUCGAUUCAAAAAGCCACAGUCUCUGACCAAGUGGUCUGAUGUUUGGAAUGCCACAAAAUAUGCAAAUUCUUGCUAUCAGAACAUAGAUCAAAGUUUUCCAGGCUUCCAUGGAUCAGAGAUGUGGAACCCAAACACUGACCUCAGUGAAGACUGUUUAUAUCUAAAUGUAUGGAUUCCGGCACCUAAACCAAAAAAUGCUACUGUAAUGAUAUGGAUUUAUGGUGGUGGUUUUCAGACUGGAACAUCAUCUUUACAUGUUUAUGAUGGCAAGUUUCUGGCUCGAGUUGAAAGAGUUAUUGUAGUGUCAAUGAACUAUAGGGUGGGUGCCCUUGGAUUCUUAGCUUUGCCAGGAAAUCCUGAGGCUCCAGGGAACAUGGGUUUAUUUGAUCAACAGUUGGCUCUUCAGUGGGUUCAAAAAAAUAUAGCAGCCUUUGGUGGAAAUCCUAAAAGUGUAACUCUCUUUGGAGAAAGUGCAGGAGCAGCUUCAGUUAGCCUGCAUUUGCUUUCUCCUGGAAGCCAUUCAUUGUUCACCAGAGCCAUUCUACAAAGUGGAUCCUCUAAUGCUCCUUGGGCAGUAACAUCUCUUUAUGAAGCUAGGAACAGAACAUUGACCUUGGCUAAAUUGACUGGUUGCUCUAGAGAUAAUGAGACUGAAAUAGUCAAGUGCCUUAGAAAUAAAGAUCCCCACGAAAUUCUUCUGAAUGAAGCAUUUGUUGUCCCCUAUGGGACUCUCUUGUCAGUAAACUUCGGUCCAACCAUGGAUGGUGAUUUUCUCACUGACAUGCCAGACAUAUUACUUGAACUUGGACAAUUUAAAAAAACCCAGAUCUUGGUGGGUGUUAAUAAAGAUGAAGGGACAGCUUUUUUAGUCUAUGGUGCUCCUGGCUUCAGCAAAGAUAACAAUAGUAUCAUAACUAGAAACGAAUUUCAGGAAGGUUUAAAAAUAUUUUUUCCAGGUGUGAGUGAGUUUGGAAAGGAAUCCAUCCUUUUUCAUUACACAGACUGGGUAGAUGAUCAGAGACCUGAAAACUACCGUGAGGCGUUGGAUGAUGUUGUUGGGGAUUAUAAUAUCAUAUGCCCUGCCUUGGAGUUCACCAAGAAGUUCUCAGAAUGGGGAAAUAAUGCCUUUUUCUACUAUUUUGAACACCGAUCCUCCAAACUUCCGUGGCCAGAAUGGAUGGGAGUGAUGCAUGGCUAUGAAAUUGAAUUUGUCUUUGGUUUACCUCUGGAAAGAAGAGUUAAUUACACAAAAGCUGAGGAAAUUUUGAGUAGAUCCAUAGUGAAACGGUGGGCAAAUUUUGCAAAAUAUGGGAAUCCAAAUGGGACUCAUAAUAAUAGCACAAAAUGGCCUGUCUUCAAAAGCACUGAACAAAAAUAUCUAACCUUGAAUACAGAGUCAUCAAGAAUAUUGACUAAACUACGUGCUCAGCAAUGCCGAUUCUGGACAUCAUUUUUUCCAAAAGUCUUGGAAAUGACAGGAAAUAUUGAUGAAGCAGAAUGGGAGUGGAAAGCAGGAUUCCAUCGCUGGAGCAAUUACAUGAUGGACUGGAAAAAUCAAUUUAACGAUUACACUAGCAAGAAAGAAAGUUGUGUGGGUCUCUAAUUAAUAGAUUUACCCUUUAUAGAACAUUUAUUUUCCUUUAGAUCAAGGCAAAAAUAUCAGGAGCUUUCUUACAUACCUACUAAGAGAGCUAUUAUGUAGCUGAAACAAAAAUGCUGGAAGGGUAAUAUCGAUUCCUCACAUCUUUAACUUAGUAUUUUACCAAGCAUUUCAAAAUCCAAAUGGCUAGAACGUGUUUAAUUAAAUUUCACAAUAUACAGUUCUACAAUUAAUUAUAUGCAUAUUAAAACAAUGUCCUGCUUCAAUUUAUUUCUUUCCUUAAUAAAUUUAAGUUUUUUCCACCCAAAAUUAUCAGUGGUCUGCUUUUAGUCACAUGUAUUUUCAUUACCACUUGUAAAAAGGUAUCUUUUUUAAAUGAAUUAAAUUUUGAAACACUGUACACCAUAGUUUACAAUAUUAUGUUUCCUAAUUAAAAUAUGAAUUUAAUGUCAAUAUGAGAUAUUAAAAUAAGCACAGAAAAUCA